CUGCAGCAGCUGACUGAAUGCAGUGCCAGUGAGGGGUUAAUGGCUGCUCGCCUCCCUCCUCUCUGCUGCUCCUCCUCUUCCAGUUUCCUCCAGACCCAUUCAGCAACAAAACCUGUCAUUUCUUCAGCAGAGAGGCCACAGGGCGAGGAGAGGCCGGAGGACGAGGAGGGUUCCUGCUGACACAGCUGCUGCGGCCUGUUUUCCACAUUCCACGUCUAUGUCAUAUGCAGUGGCCCUGGGAGCCUGAGCCGGCUGGGUAUUAGGGUGCCGUGGACUUCCUGCGUCAGUCAGCAUGAAAGGGCUGUACUACAGGCUAACCACCUCCCAGGACGAGGAGACAUUUGUGUUUCAAGAAAAUGAACCCGUCUCCUCACCCAGCGACUAUCACGUGAAACUGCAAGUGAAAGCCUGCGCCCUGACACCCAUCAAUAACAAGCUGAUUUCGGCAUUAUAUCAAAGCAAGGAGUAUGUGCCGGUGGGAAGAGAUGUCGCCGGAGUAAUCCUGGAAGUGGGGCCUAAAGUGUCCUUCUUUCAGCCUGAUGAUGAAGUUGUAGGGAUUUUGCCUCUUGAUUUUGAAGAGUCCGGCCUUCAUGACGUCAUCUGGGUGCAUGAGCAUCAUUUAGUUCAUAAACCAGAUAAGGUGAGCUGGGUGGAGGCGGCAGGAACCAUACGGGAUGGAUUAUGUGUCUAUACCGCCCUGCACAGUCUGGCACACCUGACACCAGGAAAGUUUGUUCUGAUCCCGGAUGGGGCAAGUCCUUUUGGCACACUGGCCAUUCAGCUGUCCCAUCAUAGAGGAGCCACGGUGGUCACAACGGCGCACGGCGAGGAGGACAAACUGUACCUGGAAAAAAUAAGACCUCCUGUAGCUCGUGUUGUAGAUGUGUCCAAAGGCAACGUUAAUCUCAUAGAGAAGGGCAUGGAAGAGACCAGUGGACUGGGGUUUGACAUCAUCAUCGAUGCUGGAGUGACACUAUACAACACGGGAGACUCUGCUACAAAGCCGACGCUUCUGCCUCACAAACACGAAAUCCUCUCUCUCCUCGCUGUCGGAAGCCACUGGGUAACCCGACAGCAGUACCUUCAGCUUGAUCCGCCGGACAGCAAUAUUCUCUUCCUAAAGGGCGCAACGCUUUCUUAUCUCAAUGAGGAAACCUGGAACCUGUCAAGCUCUCAGCAAGGAAAAUAUCUUCAUAUCUUGAAAGAUGUUAUGGACAAACUGGGAGGUGGAAUAUUCAGACCUUAUCUGGAUGAACCAGUGCCGAUGUACGAAGCCAAAGUCUUUAUGGAGAUGGUCCAAAGGAAAGAAGUCAGGAAGCGGCUGGUGGUUCAGCUAUGAGAGAGCUGAACAGGCCAUAGAGCAGUACAAGGGCACAUUACCCGGUUUGCGGUAGAUGAUGAUAUAACUUUUUGUAAGAUGUUGAUUUGUAUAUAUGUUCUUCGAAUAAAAUAAGACAUGGAUUCCACAAA